CGGUAAACUUCAGCGAACCAGUCACCACAGUCAGAAGUCAGACUUGCGCCGAGUCUUUCUUUAUGGAAGUAGUCGACACCUGCCGCCAUCAUGGAAAGUCAAGUUCGGCAAUUUGACGGUGAUGAGCUUCCGCCCAAGGAGCAGGUCAUCGACCGUCCUCCCAAGCGCAUCUCGGAGCUGGAGUUUGGUGUCCUAUCCAACCAGGACAUGGUAAAGCAGUCCGUCGUCGAAGUCUCGGAUCGCAACGUUUACGACCUUGGAACUGGCCCUGGCGGCAAACGUACCCUCACUGCCCACGGUCCCCUCGAUGGCCGCCUCGGAACUUCCUCAAAGACUGGAACCUGCGAGCAAUGCAAGGAGGACCUCAAGAACUGCAACGGUCACUUCGGUCACGUCCGCCUGGCGCUUCCCGCCUACCACUGGGGCUACUUCAAAAAGAUUAUGGAAAUCCUCAACACCAUCUGCAAAGACUGUUCCCGCAUUCUCCUGGACGAAAACACUCGCCGCAAGUACCUGCGCCAGAUCCGUAGACCAGAGCUGGACACUUUGCGCAAAGAGGCCAUCUGCAAGAAAAUCGUCGACGAGGCCAAGAAGACAAAGACCUGUUUCUACUGCGGCUCCAUCAAUGGCACCGUCAAGAAAGUCGCCGGACAUCCCAUCAAGCUUAUCCACGUCAAGUGGCAGACAUACCUCGCUUCCAACGCAAAGUCGAAGGUCAAGCCGGCUUCCAUGGUCGCUUUCGAAAAGUCGUUUGAAGAGGCCAAGAAGGGUGUUCCGGAUCUGGAGAAACAUGCGAAGCGUGCUGUGGAUGAUAUGAACCCUCUUAGAGCGCUCAACCUCUUCCAGAGAAUCUCGACAACAGAUGUGGAGUUGCUAGGUAUGGAUCCGAGCAGAGGCCGCCCCGAGGCUUUCAUCUGGCAAUAUCUGCCCGCUCCUCCAGUCGCCAUCCGUCCAUCAGUCGCCCAGGAAGCCGCAAGCACCGAAGAUGACAUUACCAACAAGCUCGGAGACAUCAUUCAAAUCAACACUCUUCUCUCGGCUGGCCUGAAAUCGGGACAACCCGUCAUGAAAAUCAUUGACAUGUGGGAGUUCUUGCAAGUCCAAAUCGCCAUGUACAUUGAUGGCAACCUGCCCGGUCUUGGUCGCGACUCAGCAUAUGGCAAGGCUCUUCGUGGUUUCUGCCAACGUUUGAAGGGUAAGCAAGGUCGUUUCAGAGGUAACCUUUCAGGCAAGCGUGUCGACUUUUCUGGACGUACCGUUAUCUCUCCUGACCCCAACCUGAGCAUCGAAGAAGUCGCUGUCCCGUCCAAAAUCGCCACCAACAUGACCUACCCCGAACGCGUCACAAGAUACAACAUCGAGAAGCUUCGCGGAUGUGUCCUUCGAGGAAAGAAAAAGCAUCCCGGUGCCAACUUCAUUGUGAAGAAAGACGGUCAAAGAAAGGUUCUGGAAAUCAUGGAAAGAAUCGGAAGGCUCGAGCAGGCGGCAAGCGAACUGCAGAUUGGCGAUGUUGUCGAACGUCACUUGGAAGACGGCGACAUUGUCCUGUUCAACCGUCAACCAUCUCUCCACAAGCUCAGUAUCCUCAGUCACAAGGUCAAGGUCAGGCCAUGGAGGACUUUCCGCCUCAACGAGUGUGUCUGCAACCCUUACAACGCCGAUUUCGAUGGAGACGAGAUGAACUUGCACGUACCACAGACCGAAGAAGCACGUACAGAGGCUAUCAACUUGAUGGGUGUCAAGAACAACUUGGCUACACCCAAGAACGGUACUCCCAUCAUUGCCGCCAUCCAGGAUUUCAUUACAGGAGCCUACCUCUCUUCCAUCAAGGACAACUUCUUCGACCGCAAAACCUUCAGUCAAAUUAUUGGUUACAUGUUCCACGACGAUGUGAUUGAUGACCCAGAGACUGGUGAGAAGCUUUCCAUCGAACUGCCACCACCUGCAAUCUGGAAACCGCAACGACUUUGGACUGGCAAGCAAAUUUGGAACGUCUUGAUGCGACCAAACAAAAAGCUGAAUGUGCUGGUCAACCUGGAAGCCAAGUGCAAGCAAUACAAAGCACCGCCGAAGGGUGUUGCUCCUGACAUGAACGAGGAUGAUGCAUACUUGGUCAUUCGUAACUCAGAGGUCAUGUGCGGUUACAUGGACAAGGCAACCGUUGGUGACGGAAAGAAGGACUCAGUCUUCUACGUUAUCAUGCGUGACUUUGGUCCCGACUACGCCGUCCACGCCAUGAACCGUCUCGCUAGAUUGUCCGCACGUUGGCUCACUAACCAGGGGUUCUCGCUCGGCAUCAGCGAUGUCUACCCUAGUGACGCACUGACAGCAAAGAAGAUGAAUCUCAUCAGAACAGCAGAGGCAAAAUGUUACGAGCUAAUCGACCUCUAUAACAAGGGAGAGCUGGAACGCGAUCCCGGUUGUGAUGAAGAAAUGACCAUGGAGAACCAGAUUUCUGGUAUUCUUUCAAAAGUCCGUCAAGAAGCUGGUGACGCCUGUUUUGCUGAGCUCAGUCGCCGCAACUCACCCUUGGUCAUGGCCAAGUGUGGUUCGAAAGGCUCUAACAUCAACGUUUCUCAAAUGGUUGCUGCCGUAGGUCAACAAAUUAUCGGUGGAAAGCGUGUUCUGGAGGGCUUCCAGGACCGUACUCUUCCUCAUUUCGCAAAGGGCAGCAGAGAUGCACCGGCCAAGGGUUUCGUCGGAAACAGUUUCUUCUCUGGUUUGAACCCUACCGAGUUCAUCUUCCACGCCAUGUCUGGUCGUGAAGGUCUGGUCGAUACGGCUGUCAAGACUGCUGAGACUGGUUACAUGUCUCGUCGUUUGAUGAAGUCACUGGAAGAUUUGUCGGCUCAAUACGACAACACUGUACGCAACUCAUCUUCUGGUAUCGUUCAAUUCCAGUACGGAGACGAUAAGCUUGAUCCCGUGGAUAUGGAGGGCAGUGCAAAGCCUGUACACUUCGAUCGCAGUUUCACCCAUGCUGUUACAACCACAUGGAACAACGUUGAUCGUGGUUUGAGGCCUUCCGAAAUCAUGCAGAUCACAACAAACACACUCAACCCUGAGCGCGCCAAGCUCGAGCGUUUCUCUCUCACUGGCGAGAAGCUUGGUUACAACGACAGGAGCGACCAUGGCAUCGACCAGAUGGAGAGUGCUCGUGACUUCCUCGACACUGUCCAAAACUACAUCCAAAUCAAGUGCGAUAAGCUGGCUGCUAUUCGUACAAAGAUCGGCAUGGAAUCUGGUAUCGAUGAUUCUGGUACUAUCGAUGCCGGAGUGGCGGACGACUGCAAGCAGCGCUCCAUUGCUGAUGGCGUGCUCAAGAUCUCGACUGCUGCUAUCAACGAGUUCCUCAUGCUGUGCUUGACCAAGUACGAGCGCUCAAAGGUUCAACCCGGUCAUGCCGUCGGUGCCACCGGUGCCCAAUCCAUCGGUGAACCCGGUACUCAGAUGACUCUGAAAACUUUCCAUUUUGCUGGUGUCGCCGGUAUGAGUAUUACUCAGGGUGUACCACGUAUCAAGGAGAUCAUCAACGCAUCCAAGGUCAUCAGUACCCCUGUCAUUACUUGUACACUCGACUCACGCUACGAAACUGUCGCCGGUCGUGUCGCAAAGGCAAUGAUCGAAAAGACAUAUCUCCGCGACAUUAUCGCUUACAUCGAAGACGUCUGGUCAGUUACCAGUUCUUACGUCAAUAUGCGCAUCAACUGGGACACAGUCAUGAAACUUGGUCUUCGUCUGACCACCCAAGACAUCACCUAUGCUAUCGCGAAGAACAAGGCUGUCAAAGCUCUUGGUGUCCAAGUCGCUCCUGUUGGCAAAACACACAUUCGUGUCAACGUUCAAUACGUCCCCGAACCACGCGGCAAAGCGGCCCAAGCCAAAAACCGCAAACCCCUCGAACUCUUCGACGUAAUUCAAGACCUCAAGCGCAUCCUCCCCAAUGUCGUCGUGAAAGGAUAUCCCGACUGCGCCCGUGCGAUUGUCAAGAAGGACGAUAAGCCAGAUGCUAGUGGUCGCGAACCUGUUUCCGUGUUGGUUGAAGGCUACGGCCUCAGAGCUUGCAUGACUACCGAAGGUGUAGACGGUGUCAAAACACGCUCCAACAACGUCAUGGAGUGCAAGGAGGUCCUCGGUAUCGAAGCAGCACGUAGCACCAUCAUCAACGAAAUCAGCAGUGUCAUGGGAGGUAUGGACAUUGAUCCUCGUCACAUGCAGUUGCUGGCAGACGUCAUGACCUACAAAGGAGACGUGCUGGGUAUCACACGUUUCGGUCUCGCCAAGAUGCGUGAUUCGGUCUUGCAGCUUGCGUCGUUCGAAAAGACUCCUGACCAUCUGUUCAAUGCUGCGGUGGGCAUGAAGAGAGACAGGAUUGAAGGUGUCAGUGAGUGUAUUAUCAUGGGUCAGAGCAUGAGUAUUGGUACUGGUGCUAUGAAGGUUGUUCGCAAACUCGGCAUCACAGAAGCUGAACAUGGACGCAAGAGAUCGGCCUUCGAGGCCGCCUUUGCGGGUUUGCCUAAGACGCAUGCUGUCGCUGCUGCUGCUGCAUAGGGGCUGGUCAGUGUGCGGCUUGAUGAUGACUAGAGGGAGGUGAUGGAUCAUGGCGUUAUGAGCAUUGCGAAGGGCGUUUUACCCAGUAGUUUCUGGUUCUUUAUUGAUGAUUAGUUUUAGUAUACCCGCCACAAAAGCGUUAGAAUGACAUUGCAAUCUUUUCCAAAG